AUGUCAAAUUUUGCUUAAUUUCUGGAGGAAAUCAGUGAUUUCAAAGAUAGACCUGUUAAAUUGAAAUAAAUCAAAAAAGUUCUGAAAAUAAAUGAGAAAAGCUUUCCACCUUGCAAAAAUAUCCUGAAUUAUUAUUUCUAAGAGUUUUCAAAGUAGAUGUUUACAAUAAAAGUAGACGUACAAAUGAAGAACAUCGUACAAAGUGGCACAGGAAAGAUAAAAUCCUAUUUGUUUGGACUGUAUUGAAAUAUUUUGAAUUAACAAAUAAGUCUGAUCUCAAUCCUGUAUGUUUUGUUAAUAGCAUAGUCUGAUUAAGAUUGGUAAUAUCUAUCUUCAGUGUUGGGAGUAACAGAAUAAUUGUUGAAUUUAAAAUGGAUAAGUAUGCUUAAAACAAAUUUAAAAAUGGCUCCUUGGAAUGCUGAGGAAGAUGAAGUUCUGCAAAAAUUGAUUACAGAUCCAAGUGAAAAUAAGAAUUGGACUCAAAUUACUAUUGAUUUUAAUAGGGCAAAUCCAGCAAAAACAGUUAGACAUGCUAAAUAGAUUAGAGAAAGAUGGAAUAAUUAUUUAAAUCCAGACUUAAAAAAGUAUUAUAAAGAUAUGUAAUUAGAUCUGAAUGGUCUUAACCAGAAUAAUUAUAAUUAUUGUUGCUUGUGUAGGAAAUAGGAAAGAGAUGGUCUUUAAUUUCCAAACGUAUUUAGGGAAGGACUGAAAAUUAAGUAAAAAAUUAAUACAAUUCUAUGAUGAACAAUUAUAGGAGAUAGAAUGUAUAAAUUAAGAUUAGCAUUAGUAAUUGGAUAAUGAAGAUAUAGCUAUUCAUAAAUUAUUGGCUAAUUUAUAAGGUAAAGAUUACGAAGGUCCAGUGCCAUUAACUAGUAAGAGAAUAAGAAAAACAAUUAACAACAAUAAUAAUAAUAAUAAUAAUAGUAAUAACAAAGAUACUGUACUUUAUAAUAAUGAUUAGCCUUAUAUGUAAAUUGAAAAUAAUAUAAUGAAUGAAAUAAAAGAGGAACAUCAACAAGAAUAAUCAUAAUAGUAAUUUUAAAUUUAAUAGUAAUUUUUAUAAUAAUAAUAAUAAUAAUAAUAGUCAUAAAUACAAUAAUAAUAAUAGUAAUAAUAACAAUAAUAAUAAUAAUAAUAAUAAUAAUAACCACUUAUGCUUGGCUUACCAGUAUACUCACCUAUGUUACCUUUUUCACCAUUACAUUAUUUGAUAUGUAAAUGAUAGAAAGUAUGAUUAGAAUAAAGUCCCAAUAAUAUUUCAUCUCCUUAUGAAAUAAGAAACAAAAAUUAUUCUGGCCAAUUGUAGUUAUUUGAUGAAUAUAUGAAAUCUACAAAUAAUUUAGAUUAGAGUGCUCCCUAAUAGGAUGUGCCUUGUUUAUUAAGAUUAUUUAAUUCACCAGCUUUCAGCAAUUAAGGAUUCCCUUUUGCUACAAUGCCCUUUUAAUAACCUACAUAAUAGCAAUCAACUUACAAUAUGAAAAAAAUAAAUAAGAUUUAAAAAGAAUUACUAAAAUUCGACACAGGUUUAAAUAAAGAUUGCUGA